UAAGGAUGUACGUAUAUAAAUAGAAGCUUUAUGUAAAUUUUGGAUAAAUUAAUUAACACCGAUACAGGUGAGUCGCACUAAACGGCGAUAAUCUAAUACGACAAAACCAACAUUAAAUAUUUAAAUAUAUGGUUCACUGGGCAGUGAUUGGUGAUCACUAGAUUUCUCGAGCUGGCACAGCGGUUCAAUGAAGCCAUCUCCGGAAUCCCAUGAUCAUUGCGAAUAUUAAUAUUAUUUUAUACCAAUUACGGUACAUUUCACCGAUGUGUUAUUGCUAAUUUAAUAAACUAAGUAGAUUGGUGCUCUUUAAAACUGGACUUGUUCAUUCGAACAGGAGUUUACUGGAGCUAUAUUCGUUCCUGCGCCUAACAUUGGAUUUAAAUAUAAAUAAAUAAAUAAAAGAGCAAAUUUAUGCACUGUCAUGGCUGAAAGUAUAUAUGGUAUCCGGACAAGGAUGAAUUCGGGAGGAUCCUCAUCUCCUAGCAGCUCGGACAGUGACAUCAAUGACACGUGCAGCGAGCUGAGCUGGGAGCGCGAGCGACGUCAGUACCGCCAGAGUCACCGCAACCGCCGCUUUUCGGCAACUUCUGUAUGUACCAACCCCGAGGAGGACGUGUAUGUCAUGGUGUUGCAGAACCGGCAAGGACUCUCCGAGGACCUUAAGUCCAUCUUUACGCUUAAAGAUAUAUGUGACGUCACCUUCCUCGUGGGAGAGGACCGGAAACCCAUCAAGGGCGUUCGGGCGAUCAUUGCCUCACGCAGCAAGGUGUUAUACGAACUAAUAUCAGCGCAUGAAAAGAGCCCGAGGCACUCGAAGUAUUCCAAGCGGUCCUUAUUGAUGAAAACUCUCUCCCGCCUCUCAUGUACUGGGGUCCGGCACAGGACCGUUGACAGUUGGCGUGAACUGACGAUCCCUAUGACGUCAUUCGACCCUGAAUCCUUCCAGCGUCUGAUGAACUAUAUCCACAGCGGAACGCUCACAGUGGAUUCAAGAACAGUAAUUGGGUUGCUUAACGCUGCGUAUACGUUCGGGUUUCCGGAAAUGCGACAGGCAUGCUGGGACUUUGCUCUGGGCUGCACGGCGCGUGCAGAUAAUCUCCAGGACAUGUUCGAGUCGAUCGCCAUCUACAAAAGUCACAAGAUGACCGUAUCUCUCAUGAAAAUGUUAAAAAACUACGUUGAGGGUUGUCCCGCACUGAACAGCUACACAGCAUUGAUAGAAGAGAUCCUCUCUAACGACUCAAACUCCACAUCAAACGACAUAUAACGCUCAAGAACAUGGCGACAUUUUAAACGUCGAAAAUACAACAAGAACUUAAGUUUUUGUUAUGUGCAAACAAACUUGUCGACGAACUGUGACCCCUAAACGCGUCGGCCAUGGCAAUUGUAUGCGGUGAAAGAAUUCUGGGGGUUCGUACAUGGAUCUGAGACAUUAGGGACUUUGAUUAGGGCUGGAAAUCAAGGUGGUUGGCUGUGAUAUUUAUACAAGACGAUAUGGCGUUGCGUAGUGCGUUAACGUACAUGUUUUGCUUGCUUGUAGGCAUCACGUGUUUGAGGAAAAAAGAAGAUUGCAUUUUGAUAGUUUUGGAACCAUUACUUGGUAUUUUCCGUGGAUAUAUUACAACUCACCUCAAUUUUUACAGAAAUUCCUUUAAGCAAACUGCGCAGACUCAGAUGAGACGCCGCAUCAUGCGGCGUCUCAUCUGGAUCUACGCUGUUUGCCAAUGCCUUUUUUCUAGACGCUAGGCAUAAAUGGGUUAAUAAUAUAAUUGGCAUACCAAGUUAAAUAUAUACGAUUUUAUCGUUUAAAUUGAUUGUAUUAUAAUUAGGCAAUAAUGAAACUCACACAAGUAAAAGGUUUAUUUAUGUUAACUAUUUUACCAAACGCUUAUUUUGCUAGCAAAUAUUUGUGGAUUGUAUAGUGUUUCAUAUUUACAUGUACAUUAUUAUUUUUUUAUCAAAACAUCAAAUUUUAUCAUCUACAUCAAUUUCAUUGUUGUUGUUUUUGUUGUUUUAUACAUUUGCCGUUUACAUGUUUAUACAUCAUUUCAUGCAUUUACAGUUCCCAUCAUCAUGCGUGUAAAUAUUGUUAACUGUAACAGUCUAGAAUUUUAAGCAGCGUUUUAAUAUAUACAUGUUUGUAGUGUCUGCUUUUAGACAGCGACAUUAAAAAAAUAAAGAUGUAUCUUAUAUGAAAAAUACGUUGUAGUGUUGUUCUUUAUGUGAACAUU